UUGCUGAAUUUAUAUUCAGCUGCACCAGUCAAACGAAGAUACAGAUUGCAGGGGAAUUUUUCAUUCUCGUCGAUUGCUAAGUGCAGUUCUUUGGGCAUCAUGGAUUUGAGUGACAAUGGCGAUGAAUUUGAUAGUUUCUUCAAUGCUGCCAAGAAAAACAAAAAAGCCUCAGCGAAAUCAACAAAAUUUUCUGAUCCCAUGGAAGAUUUGUUUGGCCUGGAUGAUCCCAAGGAAGGUGGCAAAAAUGCAACAUCACGCAAAUCUACAGGAAAAGGUGUGGGCACCAAAUCUCUGUUAGCAAAGCAGCAUGAGGAUGAUGAUGAUGAUGAUCUGGGUUUUGAUCCCAAAAAGCCCAAGAAAGGUCUCAGUAAAUCGCAAAAUCUUUUUGAUGAUUUGCUCACCCCAUUGGAAAGCAAAAGACCACAGACUGCAGGUCCAUCAACAAAACCAGCGGCUAUAUCAAGACAAUCUACAGACACCACAACAGAUACUUCGAAUAUUAUGCAAACCCAAACAAGGCCUAAGACAGCACAAGGACGCAGAAGCUCAAAUAUGUCGAAUGUACAAAAUAUAGAUCCCUUGGGACUGUUUGGAAAAGAUGGCAAAGAAGCAACCACAGCAGCAGUUUCUUCGGGCAUAUCAACACCCAAUGUUAAAAAGAAAGGCACCACUGCUGAUUGGCUGGGAUUAACAGUUGAAGCGGAGCCCGAAUCCACCCCACAAGUUGUUGAGGUACCCAAGAUGGAUGUCCGGCCGGAAUCUCCUAAACCCUCUAAGACUAUUAAGGAAACGGCAGAGAUAUUGCGCAUACCCGAAGUCAAUGAACACUAUGAGGAAUCUGGAGAUGAGCUUUUGAAUACCGAUAGGCAAGGUGCAACUGAAAAAUUUCAAGAAACUUCUGAGCAUAUGAUACUUGAUUCCACUGCCCAUAAUAUUAUGCUGAUGAAAAAUAUGAAUUUGGAGACCAAACAUAGUUUUACCGCUUUAAAAUAUCAAGAGCAGCAACUGAUAAUGGCCUCGCAAAUGAAACAGCAGGAGAAGGUGUUGAUGGAAAUGCAGCAUAAGCAGGAUACUUUGCUGCAGCAUCAAGAGAAACAAUUCCAGGCUUUACUGCAACAGCAAAUGCAACGUCACCAGCAAUUGGAGGAGCUAAUAAGACAACAGCAAAAUCGUAUCAAUACACAUUUGCAUCUGCUAAUGUCUCAACCGCCUGCCCUGGAAAACAAGAUGCCAGAGUUCGAAGCAACUGAGGAAUCUUUGUAUCAAAGAGAAAACCUUAACUCAGAGAAGUUUACAGAGGAUCAGGUGCUUAGUAAAAAGCAAAAGGAAAAACAAACCGAGCUGCAGCUCAUACAAAUUGAGGCGGAUAAUAAACGUUUGGAGUUGGAAAAUUUGCGCUUGGAGGAGAUGGUGGCCAAUACCAGGAACAACUACGAAAGGGAAAUAGAGUUAUUGGAGAAGACCUACAAAAAACAAAUUGAAGUCCUCGAACAACAUUUGGCCAAUCUGGAAAAACGUUUAAAUACUGAGAUUGAAGACCUUCAGGCACAUUUUCAAAAGAAAAUCGAAUUAUCAGAACAAGAGAAGGCCAAUCUAAAAAGCUCUUAUAGCGAGGAAUUUUCAAAUCUCAAACAGGAUCAUGAGGACGAAAUGAGAAAACUAAAAAAGAAUCAGGAGGAGGAUUUGGAACUGCUUAAAGAGGAGCACCGACGUAUGCUUGAUAACAUAAGGCAAGCGAAAAUGCUGGAGUUUGCUGCUGUGCAAGAAAAUGGUUCCUAUUUGGAAUGCCUUAGGGUGGCCUCUUCCAACUUGACAGAUCUGACUGGUGGUCUAACAGAGCUAAAGGAAAAUAUGCAAGCCAAGAUAGACAAUCUUCAAUUGGAGAAGGAGAAAAAGUUGGAAUUGCGCGAGAAACAUCUAGAGGAUGCUGAAAGACGCCUCAAGAUCAAUGAAGAAUCAAAUCAAAGCGAAAAACAGCGACUCUUGGACUUGGUUAGCACUUUGGAACUGCAAAUGUCGAAAAUGUCCAAAGACACCGCAGAGGAAAAUUGGCAACUUCGCCAAAAACUAGCUAGUCUUGAUGCCGAAAAGACUGCCUUUGCCAAAGAGCGAGAAUUCUUUAGAGAACAAAUGCUGAGAGAUGAGGAGCGCAUUAAGGAAUUAAAAGAACUGCAACUUUUGGAGACCCAGCGUUUACAAUCUCAAAUACAAGAUGAACGUGCCCAACUGCAUGUUGAAAAAUCUAAAUUUGAUUUGGAAAAACGUCUGUAUGCCAAUACCGAUACCCAAAAGGAACGCAUGGAGGUCGAAGCUGCCAUGCAGGUGGCGCAAGAUGCUGCUCGCAAGGCUGAUGCCGAACGGGAACGUUAUUACAAAUUACAGCGGCAAAUUGAGCAACAAAAACGUGAUUUAGCUGACAAAGAACAUGCCCUUAAUGUAAAAGAGGAAGAAUUGCAACAGGAACUCAUGUCAUAUCGCAUGGGCGAAAGGGUGUCGCAAGAGGCCCAACAAAAAGCCAAACUUGCCGAACAAUUCUAUCACAAUAAAAUACAAAUGCUGCAACAAAGAACUCAAGAAAUUGCCGAAAAGGAAUCCAACUUAUCCCAAGAACGUCUAUUAUUGGCCCAAGAUCGCAUAGCCUUGCAUGCCCUAAAGUCAAAACUCUCCCAACAAACCAAAUGUUCUCUAUGUCAAUUGUCUCAGAAAAAUAAGGAAAUAACCGAUAACCUAACUACUAAUAUGGCCGCCUAUGAAAGUCCUUUGGGCAGGGAAUUUCAAUUGGGAAAUCCCACACGAAGACAAGAGCUAAACAUGGAUUUUAUGGGCCAAGCUAAUGCGGUGGAACGUUUUUUAGAUGCCAAUAUAGCUGAUUCUUUGAGAAAGAUGACUUCCUGCUCUACACCAAAUGUAUUAGGUUGGGAAAUGUUGCUACUCGAUGAUGAUCACAAGAAAAUGGUGCAAACCAAUAAUGUGGGGGAAAACCACCAUGAUGAAGACAAUGAUAAUAAUGAUGGAAGCAGCAAUAUAAGAAAAAAUACAAACCCAACAAAACGUUAUACUUAAAAAAAAAAAUGA